UGAUCACGUGACCAAACAUACUUUCUAUUGGCAUAACAGAAUACUGAAUAGUUAUUUUAUAUCAAAAAGAGCGCUGGCACUGCUUGAAGGGUCGGGCAGACGACGCUUGUGAGGAGUACAACUUUUAUGGAUCUAUCCACCGUGCCCGCCGCAAGCAUGGACUGAACUACAGGAUAAACCCAGGACACAAGCAGUGGAUUACAUACAUCAUGGGUACAGGCGUGCCUCUGUUGAAUGAGUACAAGCUAGAGUUCUUCUGGAAGCGUUUUCCACAGACGGUUCUUGGCGGACUGAAACUCCGGCUUGGGUAUGAGGCCCCAGCGUAUGUGUACCUGGCCCAGCUUGUGCUGUUCUUCCUGCCGUUCAUGCUCGGGGGUGGAUUCACUUUGCUGGUGGAGCUCGAGGUGAUACAGGACUACAUUGCUGUAUACACCUACGGGGCCCUCAUCACCGCAUACAUUCUCCUGGUCCAGCUGAUCUCACAUAUUAUACAGGCAAGCCAAGGGAGUGACCUGCCCCUGAUGAGGAAAAAGAAGAACCUGCUAUCAGAGGAAGACGAGGUUGACUUUAUCUCAUGUUGUGACCCGGACACUGUCAAGUUUGUCAUUCCACCCAAGAAGUACAAGCUGAACGUGCUGGUCCAUGCCCUUGUUGGGGGCCCUAUGGCCGGACUCGCACUGCUAUAUCUGCUCCCAACCACGCUUAAUGACCUCUACAAUAAUACAGGAGGUACAGUGAUGUUGUUUAUGCUGGGCUGGUUGGCAGUGCUUGUGGCCCUGUAUCCCCUGGUGACAGCUGCGCCCCCGGAGACGGCUACGUACCGCACCACCGACGCCAUGGAACUGUCGGCCGUGAUGCGAGCAUUCUAUGUCUACCUGCUCAUUAUGUUUGAUCUCAUACACAGAUACCACUCCGGGAGUUUCCUCUUGGUGAACCAGGUGUUGCACGUGUUUUUUGUGCUGUUGCCAUUGUUGUGGAUGGCGGGGCUGCUGGCCCCCGUGGAUACGUUCCUCCUGUACGCCCUGGAGCAGGGCCAUGUGUUCCUGUUCGGGGGAUCGUUCAUGGCCUCAGAUCUCAGAUUGGUGGUGAUGUCAGUAUUAUCAGCGUGUGUGUUCCUUGGUUCCUACUACAUCUCCUCUUGUCUGGGAACCGUUGUUCUGUCGGGCAUGACUGGUUACCUGCUCAGUACAGACUUGGGAGGGCUUGGUACCCAGCUGUUGUCCUUUAUCAACAGGAAUCGGGUCUCAGCUGAGCGUAGGAAGGAACCGGUGGAGGGACAUAAGGAGAAGGGUCUCAGAUUUCUAUGGAGAUGGGGCAUCCUGGAGGUUGUCUAUCACUGUGUGAUGCUGGCUGUAGUAGGUGUCAUAGCAGGUCUGGUGAGUGCCAACAGUCACAAAUUUUCCUCAUCCACAUGGAAGACAGUGGGCUACUGUAUAGUAGGCAUAUGUGUGGUGGAGAAGGUGCUGCGUGACAUUCAAGGUGUUUACAUAAUUUGCGGGCUGUGGAGGAACGCUCUCUAUCCACCAUCCGUCACAAACCGACCGUUCAACUCCAGGAAAAGGAAACUGCUGGUGCUGGGGAUACUGAGGAGGGGAAUUGUCAACUGGGUUGCCCCCUGCGUGAUGUUGGCCUAUCUGUCCAUGGUUAUCAAUGGGAAGGGCAGUGAAACCAGCUCCAUAUCGUGUCGGAGCAACCUUGACCUGUCAACAGGGGUCAUGUACACAUUUGGCAUUGUGAGAGCUUUCAGAGCUAUAUGGCAGAGUACAGUUCACUCCCUGCUAGAACUAUCCAUUGUCCACCUGGUACUAGUGACCAUGGAUACCAACACCACAGUGACAGAAUGGGGUGUGCCCAUUCUGGCCAUGCUUACCUGCCUGUGCCGUGACAGGUUCUACCAGCUGUGUAAUAAACUCUACUUCUUCAUCUCAUUGCUCAUCAGUUCAUGGACUGAUAAAAAACAACGACGAGGAUCAACUGUUCCGAUCAUAGUUCUCUCAAUCAUAUUUUUCCCCCUAGUGUUUGGGAUUAUAGGAAUAGCCUCGGCCCUUGCAGUGCCGCUGCUUCCUCUAUUCACAUUGCCGAUAGUUUUCUUCUCAUUCCCGCGCCCCCUGCGAUCCUGGCCAGAGGAGGUUGGAGCCUCUAGUAACAGUUGUCCUGAUACAAACUUCUACAGACAGCUGGCUCCAGAACUGGCCAAGGCAUUCUCCUCUGGGUGUGCCAAUGGAAGCAUAGGUGAAGCAAGUGCUGGGAACCACUAUCUGGUCCGGUUCCAGGACCGGCUUGUCUGGGUUGUGAUCCUAGAGAGGGGAACUGGCUACUGCACCAUCAACGUGAAGGGCCUCGAGCUCCAGGAGACUUCCUGUCACACUGUUGAAGCUGCCAGGAUUGAUGAUAUCUUUGAGACAGCCCUCGAACCUAGGGAGGGCUGUCACACAAGUUUUGGCAAAUUAAAUGAAUAUCCACUGCAUACGUUGACACCAGUGGAUGCUUGUUAUCUUGAUGCAUAUUCUGAUGCAAGGAAUGUAUUGACAGGAAUUAUAGAUAAUCCAAGUGCUAGUGAAGAAACAAUGAAGGCAUUUUUAAGAAGUUUACUGUGGGUCUUGUUAAAGUAUGUGAAAAAUAAUAAAAACAAAGUCAUGAAAAAUGCAAAAGGUGAAUCUAUGAUAAAAGAGCUUUCGUUUGUAACACGUACUGAAAAACACGAGUUGAAAGAGUUGAACUCAAAUAAUAACAUGAGAAACACUAGUGUACAAAAACAAUCAAAUAGAACAGCCUUGCCACCUUUGAUUCCAGAUUUUAUGCAAGAGAGGCGAUCUCCCUCCCCGCCUGUAGUUACCAAGGUGACAAAUAAGCAGAAGAAAAUGGCCUCAUCCUGGGGCUCUUUAGACAGUUUCACAGACAGUAUAUUCUCAGAUGAUGGUACCACCAUUCAGAAAAAGCCUAGCAAGCCCCCUCGGCCUUUACAUCAAUCUACCCAGAGUAGAACUAAAAGCCCAGAUAUAGAAGAUAUGCUUGAUGAAUUAGACAUGGGCUUACCAGCUUAUGAUGUCACUAAGCCUAAACCUCAAAUGCAGAACAAGUUUAGUACAAAAUCAUUUGGAAACACUAUAUACAAGCCACAGACUAAUCUAGCAGGUUCGCCUGAUUUCAAAAGUCCAUAUUCAUCUCAGUUAAGUUUACCAAAAGAGUGGCGUGAACUGCCGUUGGAUAAUUCACAAGUAUCCAGACUGGUCGCCAAGUUUCCCACAGACUGGUUCAAACACGUACUCUCCUGUCUAGAUCUUGGCAGUGAGAAGGAAUCCAGAGAAAAAGUGCUCAAAGAUGUAAUGGCUGAUGAUGCCCUACAUAACUGCUACGCUCAACUAACCAUGGCCUGCUAUUCAAUUUUUGAAAGUCAAGGCUACAGUGGUCCUAGUUUUCUCUACAAGAGUUAUAUGGGUGACAUAUCCAUCAACGCAAUGUGGGACUGGCUCGGGGAACACACCGACCUGCAGUCGCUUGUCAAAAAGGCCUUCCGGUAUGGUUUCAAGCUAAUGAUAGACCAGAUGUUGCUGGGCGAGCUGACAUCCGACGAAGAGUGGCAGGAAGCCCUGGAGGAGUAUGAUGACCGCUGGUACAUUGGAGCAGAGCGCGAGCCCGAGUGGACUUCCGCAAUCCUUGAACAGAGGCCCAACAUGUUCUCCAUGGGACAAAACACAGGACAGAACACGUACAGCAGCCGUACACUGACCCUCCAGUCAAUGCAGGUUUCUAUUGGUCGGUUGAACCCGGAGGUUGUGCGUGGCCAGUGGGCAAACCUCGGACUGGAGCUGCUCUACAUGACCAACGAUGAUGAAGAACGGUACAGCAUUCAGGCUCACCCUGUCAUUCUGCGUAAUCUCACCGUGCAGGCCGCCGACCCACCCCUCGGGUACCCCAUCUACUCAUCACGACCAAUGACUGUUCCACUUCUCUAGCUUUGACGACUGAGAAGACACUGUUUAAGUUUCAUAUGCAGGUUGUUUUUCAGCAACUUUUAUAGCUCAUAGUUGGCUAUGUUCUCACAGCCAAAAAAUUAACUUUUUCCCCCAAAGCAUCCCGUAUCAGUAAACAAUGUUUUUUAAUUAAUUGAUGAAGGACUGCUUGAAAAACGGUAGUUUAUUGUUGCUGAAGUCACCAAAGCCCACAAACCAAUGGUUAAAAUGAGUAUUUGAGUUUAUUCAACAUUCAAAAAAUUUCAUAAAAGAAAUCACACUUCCUCUUUAAAAUUAUACUCGAAUUGCCAAUUCCAAGGGGCAAAUUUUAAAAAUAAUUGGAAAUAACCAUGGUGUUUUGCCAUGUGGAUCGGCUUCCAUUAUCUUAAUAAAAAAACCAGAUGAAAACGGUAUAAGUGCUUGAGUAAUUGUAUACCCUCCCUUGUUUUUGAUGCAUUGGGUCAUUGUCAAGUCAUUUGUCAACUUGAUCUGUUUGUCUAGGUACAAUUCAAAAUUCCAAUCUUAUGUCAGGCCCUGUCUUAUGGACUAUCGGUUAUAUGACAAUCGAUAUGUGUGCCAUAGGUAUAAUCUUUAAUGGUAUUUAUAUUAAUUUCAAAUCAAAUGAAUACAUGGACUUUACGGUACCCUCUAUUAAGAGGCCUCACAAUUUCUUUUUCUUAUACUCAGAUAUGUUUUUUGGAGAUUUAUUCUAAUUACUGUAUUGCCUAAUAAUAAUGACAUUGAAAUGUUUUGAAAUUCAUACCAUGUUAGAAAAAUGUUUUGAAAAUCAAAGUCAUUUGCCAUAAGUGUUAUUGUUUUAAUUGUUUUUAUCAUUGUAUCUUUACUUUUCUACUGUGUUCAAAACUUGUUCUGAUAAUAUUUUGAUAUUGCUAUUGACAUUUACUGUUCCCUUUUCUCACUGUUACCUAUAAAACAAUGAAUCGUCUUUUAUAGAGUGAUCCGUCCAUUUUCACAUUUUUGUUAAACAAGGUUUUACUUUGAAUAUUAUUGUAUGUACAUGUAUUCUGCUUCAUUGGCAUUAAGUUUUUUUGUUGUUACUGAUCUUUUGUACACUGGCUUUUCUUCUUGGUUCGGGAAUACAAUGUGUGUUUAUUUUAUGGCUUUCAUGUAUUUAUUUAUUUAUUUUAUUGAUGUAUCAUUGUUGGGUAUCUCCUUGCUUUUUAAAUGAUCAGCUGUUUUAGAGUAUAAAAAAUCAUUUAGUGACAUAAGGAAUGUAUAAAGCAAUACCAUGUUAUGAAAUUUACUGUAAAUGGUUCAGAUGCUUAUAAUUAUGUCAUAAUGUGCCAGCUAUUGAUUUGAUUGUCUGGAGACUUCACAAUUGUGCCAGUUGCCUGUGUUUUUAGCAGUUGCCUGUGUUUUCCGUACAGUGAAGACCUGUUUAAUGUGUAACUAGAGAAUGUCUGGAAGAUCUGACAGUUGAAGGGUGCAUUACAUUUACAGUACUAAUUAGAUCAUGUUUUAGGCCAUUUUUUAAUAAAUUUUAUUUUUUGUAAGUCAUCAAGCUUUUAUAAUUUUGAAGAAACCGUGUGAUUGUUUUAGUUCAGUGUUAUAUGAUUGUUGUUGGUGUUCACAAUGUACAUGUGACCAUAAAGACAUUGAUAUUGAGUCUCAUACUUCUGUGAUAUCUCUAUUUUGUUGAAAUAAAACUUUCCAUGAA